GCCCUUGAGCUUCUGAAGAAAAACCUCAAGCCAUCACAAGACUCAACACCACAAGGACUCAGCCCUGUGCUGUCUCUUCUUCUUGGAGACCUCGUAGAUACCCAGAGGGGAGACUGAGCUGUUGAAAAGAGUCAAAUGUUCCCUAUGAAGACAAAGAGAAAUUAUGCAUCAUUUUAGGGAAAACAUCAGGAACACCUUUCCUGUGAGUGGCAGCCUCAGCAACAGCAACCACGUGAAUAGGGUUGACUGCAAAAAUCCAGGCCUGUGAGUGAGCAAGGUGUGGAACAGCCUUUUUUUCUCUCUACAUCAGCACAACCAUCUUUUAAGUUCCAUAACCAUGUUAUCAAACCCUCUCUGGAGCAAUGUUAACUCGCUGUCUCUCAGGUGUUUUUCAUCCUGUCAGAUUUUCCUUGGCUCUUUAGGUGUAUGGAGUGCCAGCCUGGCUCAGUUGGGUUGUAGAGCCACUAAAUUAGAAGUGAACUUCUGGUGCAAGCUGGUGUGAUUAUGAAAUCCAAUUUUCCACCCCAGAUGGCCAGUGAUUGCUUUGCAACAUCUUCCCCUGCUCUUCAUUCACUUUUAAAAGGAGAAAAAGAAAAAAAAAGAAGAAAAAUCUGAGCAACCAGCCUGGGUUUGGAAGAAAUGCUGUGGGACAGGUGGCCAGUUUCUUUGCUGUCAGUGGGGUCAAAACUCUCCCACACAAGCAGGGAAUGUAUUCUGUUCUUUUCCAGCAGUUUUCCAGAAGCAAUGUAAAUCUUCCCUAAAGGCUUAAGAGCGGGUCCAUCAGCCAUGCAAGUUGGAUAAGGUUUUCCUCCCCCCUUUCCCCUCUGCCUCUUGCCAUCUCUCCUCGCCCGUUUUCUGUGACACGUGCUGUACAGUUUCACACACCUCUCAGUUCUUGUGUUGUCCAACUUCCCUGUCCUUCAGGUCAUGCUUUGGGCUUCCUGGGGAGGAUUUGUUUGUGUAUAAGAGGGAGAUGUCACCGUGGGCAGUCACCUUCUCUGCCCAUUUCCCCCCAGCCCUGGCAGUGCCGUCCUGUCCCGUCUCCCUCUGUUUGCAGUAGAGUUAAUGUUUGCUGCCUCCACCUCCAGGUCAGUUCUUCCCAUCACUGGUGUCCUUCAUCUCUGCACAGGCAGGUGGGUGGGGUGUGGACAGAAACAUCCUGGUGGGGUUUUUCCAUAGGAGAAUCCCAUAUGCAGUUUCCAGCAAAGAGGGUCGUUCAGUAAAGCAAUGCAGAUGCCUGUAAUCCCAAUCCUUAGUCCUUCCCAGGCUACAGAAUGGUUUGGUUUUUUAUUGUUCCCUCAUCCUGGGAUGCAUAUGGAUCUACUGGUUCCUUUUAACAGGGCUAAAUGGAGAGACCUGUGUGCUGUCUGGGAGCAGCAGUGAUUUUGGGGAGCAGCUGAGCAGGCAGAGGGUCAGUGAGCAAGCUGCAGUCACUGGCCUGGAGUGGAACCAGACCUCUGCAGAGGCUGGGUUGGUUGCUUGGUGUUUUUCUGGUUUUGGUUCUUCUUGAGACUUGUGUACCCAGUUUGUUAGGAAGAAUGAGGAUUUUGCUUGUUUGUUCAUAGCUGAGCAUCACUGGUGCCGUGGUGUGAACAUUUACCUGGGCAUUUCUGUACCUGGGCAGGGAGAUGGAGAGGCUGCCUGGGCACUAAGGGCAGAGGGAUACAGGGAGUUCCAGCACUCCCUGGGACUUGCAGGGAGUUCUUUUGCAAGGAAGCCCUUGCCUUUCAUUUCCAAUGUGACCUGACUAAUAAAUGAAACCUAAAAAUUCCUGUUGUUUUUUUGGGGGGAGAGAGAUGCACAGAGGAGCAGUGCAGCCCUCCAGAUUCCUGUCUGUGUGGGUCUCACAGGGCCGGUUCCUGAUUCCUUAGGCUGGUCUCUCCUUGCUCCCCUCGCUGCUCCCCCAGCACACCCUGUCCAGCAACUUUCCAUGACAGGAAACAUCUGCUGGGAGGCAGGGCCGGGGCUGGGUUACUGCCGGGCAUUGGCCGCCGGAAUUACCCGGCUCCAGUGACUCCAGGCAUGUGCGAGGCACUUUGGGAUCUUCCCUGGGAAACACACACAGACUGGAGCUGCCUUUGAGAGCAGAGGGGGAUUAGAGAGCACAGCCCAAAGCAGACACCGAGGAGGAAGAAUUUCUGCUUUUCUGCUUUCAGAGGAGGGGGGAAGAGCUGAAGUGGGAGUUGUUUACCAGCCUGUUGAGCCCUGGAAGCCGCGGCUCCAUCCGUGAGUUCCAGCUGCUCCGGUGGGGUUGGAGGUAUUUUGGUGGCUGGCUCUGCCUUCCCUGGACAUCAGGAGCUGCAGGUGCCCUGCACACACCUGCUGGGGCGGCUGUGGGCACUUGUGCAGGGGAUGCCCACGGCGAGGAGCUGCUGAGCCGGGAGCAGGAGAGCACUGGGGUUGCCCACCAGCACCGUUACCCCGAUGAGCCACUUGGAAAAGAGUCCUCUGGAGGGCAAGUCCUCUCCAGGAUCCUCAGGGGCUGCUGGGGCAGAGGAGCUAAAAGUGAGCAGGAAGGCAGGGGAAGGGACCUAAACUCCUGCCAAGCUGCUGUAUCUCUGUCGACUUUGGACAUAAACAAGAAGCGGCGGGAGCAGGAACAGGAAGAGCAGAGUUGGAGAGCACGGGGAGCUGUGCAAGUGCUGAGGGAACACCAUGGAUUCCUUGCUGGAGUGUGGGUCUCUCUGGGAUCAUCUGCUGGAUCAAGAGCUGCCAUGUCUGCGGUGGGACCUGGAGGGACUUGUCGACUUGUCCCGAGGAAAUGUGAGCCUUGGAUCAGAUGGAAUCCCAGCUGCCCUCUGUUAUUUGCAGGUGUUGAGUCCAACGUACAAACAACGGAAUGAGGAUUUCAGGAAACUCUUCAAGCAGCUCCCGGACACGGAGCGACUCAUCGUGGAUUACUCAUGUGCUCUCCAACGAGACAUCCUCCUGCAGGGCCGCCUCUACCUCUCGGAAAACUGGAUCUGCUUCUACAGCAACAUCUUCCGCUGGGAGACACUGCUGACCGUUCGCUUGAAGGACAUCUGCUCGAUGACCAAGGAGAAGACAGCCCGGCUCAUUCCCAAUGCCAUCCAAGUUUGCACUGACACUGAAAAGCACUUUUUUACUUCCUUUGGGGCUCGAGACAGGACGUACAUGAUGAUGUUCAGACUCUGGCAGAAUGCUCUGCUUGACAAGCCUCUGUGUCCAAAGGAGCUCUGGCACUUUGUCCACCAGUGCUAUGGGAACGAGCUGGGUCUGACCAGUGAUGAUGAAGACUAUGUGCCUCCUGAUGAUGACUUCAACACAAUGGGCUACUGUGAGGAAAUCCCCGUGGAAGAGAACGAAGUCAACGACAGCUCCUCCAAGAGCAGCAUGGAGGCCAAGCCAGAAGCCAGCCCUCAGCUGCCAAAGAAAUCUGUCACUGCCAGCACCCUGACAUCCACGGGCAGCAGCGAAGCUCCAGCCUCGUUCGAUGGAGUGCUCCCAGAAGAGGAGGAGGCAGUGGCAGAGAGCCCUGUGGAAAAAGACCUCGGCAUUGCAAAUAUCAUGGGAGAGAAGAUGGACAUCAUUGGCCCUGUGAACUCCCCUUCCCUGGACUUCAAUGACAACGAAGACAUUCCCACUGAGCUCAGUGACUCCUCAGAGACCCACGAUGAAGGGGAAGUCCAGGCCUUUUACGAGGACCUGAAUGGCCGUCAGUACGUGAACGAGGUGUUCAACUUCAGCGUGGACAAGCUCUACGACCUGCUCUUCACAGACUCCCAGUUCCAGAGGGACUUCAUGGAGCAGCGCCGGUUCUCUGAUAUUAUCUUUAAUCCCUGGAAGAAGGAAGAAAAUGGCAAUCAGACCAGAGUGAUACUGUAUACCAUUACCCUCACCAACCCUCUGGCCCCCAAAACUGCCACUGUCACAGAGACACAGACAAUGUACAAAGCCAGCCAGGAGAGCGAGUGCUAUGUCAUAGAUGCAGAGGUGCUAACCCACGACGUCCCCUACCACGAUUAUUUCUACACCAUCAACCGCUACACGUUGACUCGUGUGGCCAGAAACAAAAGCCGACUCAGGGUUUCCACGGAGUUACGUUACAGGAAACAGCCUUGGGGACUGGUGAAAUCCUUCAUUGAGAAGAAUUUUUGGAGUGGCCUGGAGGAUUAUUUCCGUCAUUUGGAGAGCGAGCUGGCCAAGACGGAGAGCACGUACCUGGCCGAGGUGCACAGACAAUCCCCCAAGGAGAAGGUGAGCAAGCAAUCCACGGUGCGGCGCCGGAAACGCGCCCACGCCCACCUGCGGGUGCCACACCUGGAGGAGGUGCUGAGCCCCGUCACCACCCCCACCGACGAGGAGGUGGCACACCGCAGCAAGCACGUGGCAGGUUCCACUCAGACACGGCACAUCCCCGAGGAAAGCCCCAGUGGCUUCCACCUGCAGAGUGUCUCCAAGCUGCUCCUUGUCAUCAGUUUUGUUCUGGUGCUGCUGGUCAUUCUCAAUAUGAUGCUGUUCUACAAACUCUGGAUGUUGGAAUAUACUACACAGACCCUCACAGCGUGGCAGGGCUUGAGGCUGCAGGAGAGGUUGCCCCAGUCUCAGACAGAGUGGGCCCAGUUAUUGGAGUCCCAGCAGAAGUACCACGACUCGGAGCUGCAGAAGUGGCGGGAGAUCAUCAAAUCCUCCGUGAUGCUGCUGGACCAGAUGAAGGAUUCCCUAAUAAACCUUCAGAAUGGCAUCGGGUCCCGGGACUUCGGGUCAGAUCCAGAGGAGAAACGGAAACGUUUCCACUGACAGGCAGGAAUGCAGGAGGCCAGAGGACGGUGUGCAAUAUGUGUAAAUAGGAUAUAUAAAUAUAUAUAUAAAUAUAUAUAUAUAUAUACAGAAUAUAAAUAUAUAUAUUAUAUACAGAUUUUAAGAGAAAAAAAAAAAACCACAAAACAAAGCCUACGUAUCGAGGGGAAGGGUUUUGACCUCCAACACUGGCUGAACUGGAGUGUCUCUGGUAGUGGGGGGGUGUGUGUGUGUGUGGGAGGGCUGUGCUCUCCCAGCACUGAGCUGUGCUUAGGGCCGAGCCCAGGGGUGCUCCCUGGGCCCUGCACUGCUCCUCUGUAAUAUUGCUGGCUGUUUGUCUGUCUGUCUGUUUAGUUUUUGUUGUUCCAAAGGGAAGCAUCAGCGUGAGUGCCCCCCCCCUCCCCAGCCCCCUCCCCACGCAUGAGGGUCCCUGGUUGACUGUAUUUAUCUCUGCAUAAAAAGGGGACACUGUCAACUCCCUGACCUUGCUGGCUUCAGGGCAGAGAGGGUUUGGCCAUGGCAGUCAACCCCUUGCAGAACUGGCCCACGUUUGGAGAGGAGACCUCGGGGAGAGUUGCUGUAGGUCUGCAGAGAGCAGGUCUCCCUGGCAGUCACCUCCUGCACCCCUGGGUGCAGAAACACAGCUGGCUGUCACAGGGGCCAGCCUGGUUCAGAGAGCAAAGCCCAGGAUGGAAAGGAGCUGAAAUCCUGUCCACAAGCACCAAUUUGCUGUUGGUGCAGCAGGAAGAGGCGAGGGUGGGGAGGGGAGAACCUGCCCCCAAGGUGUGUGGGUGGAGCAGGGCCACCCCUGUGACAGUGUCCCCUUUACCUUGGCUGUAGUUCUCUGCUUUCCAUGUGCUUGGGCCCCUGCCAUAAAGCCAUCCCUGUGCUGAAAAUCUACAUCUGUGCUGAACAGGCAACUCCCCAUGAGGGUGGGAGUACCCCAAGUGAAAAACAAACCCCAAAUUAGGAUUUAUGUGCAGCCACUGCCCAGCUCAGCAAAUCUCUCUCCUGCCCCUGGUCUACAAGACCAUUUUGUUCGUAUCUUGUCUUAUAAAAUCUGUGGGAAAACAUUAGUGAGAAAAAUAACUUGAUUCCCUUCCCUGGGAUAAACUUAUAUGUUUGUGGCUAUGCAGCAACAGCCACCACUGUGGGUAUCUGUGACUGCAUCUGUGUGCACCAAGGCUUCCAAAAACCCAGGAGAGGUGAGGAAGGGUCACAGGGACAAAAAAAAAAAAAAAAAGGAGAAAAGAGAAAAGGGACCAUCAGUGGGUGGCAGGACAGAGGCAUCUGAAGGUUUCUCUCAUAAGCAUUUGCUCUGUGAGUCAGUCAGGGGGUAGAGCUGCACUGAAAAGCCAAUAUGUAUUUGUAGUUGUUCUGGGGGAUAAUUCCAGACUCUCAUGAGCAGCCCCAUGAGGAAGAGGGGCAGUGGGGCUGCCCUGUGCAGAGUCCCAAGCCCCACAGAGAUUGGUUGAGCUGGAGGCUGCUUGUGUGAAUGUUUAAUAAAUGCUUUGUCAUCAUGCCCAGCCAGGCAGAUUAGGUGACAUGUGAGGCCCUCCAUCUCCACCCUGUCCAACAGCAGGAUUUUCUCACCUUCUGAGUGGCAGCUGGAAGUUCCCAGUGUGGAAAUGGUGCCAGCUGUAGCUCCUCUGUUGUCUCCAGUGGGCACUGAAAGGGCAGGGAACACAAGGGUGAGUCACUGGUCUCAUGUAAACUCUCAUCCUCACAACUGGGUGACAAAGUGGCUUCUAAAACCCUCUCAAGCUCCCAGUUUCCAAUUAGGGAAAGGUGAUAUAUGUAGGAGUGACCAACCUGCUGCUUUCUCCCAACCUGCCUCCAAUUUCCAUGACCAAGUGCUAAACACAUGUCCCACAGAAGACUCACAUGGGAAGGAGUGUGGAUGAAGACAGGUUAUCAAAAAGACAUUUAAGACUGUGAAAGCAAGGUACAAUUGGGGAAAAACCAGAGAGUAAUGUGUAUUUAUGACUAUUUAUUUAAUUUAAUGCUGCUGACUACUGUACUGCUCCCUGACUUUUUGCCAGGGAGGCUGCUGAAAUGGCUGCUCUACAAUGACACUGAGGUGCUAGUGCCUGGGAAGGGCAUUCUGUGGCUCAUCUUGGGACAGGAGGGCCCUGACUCCCCACUGUGACUUGCCAGACUGUCCCAGAGUCCUGUUUCCCCCAUUACUCCCUCCCACAAUUGCUAAGCACAGAAAAUUCCCCUGCUGCCCAUCUUCCCCCUUUUUCUAGACUUUAAUUUCAAGCACCAGGCAAGAGGACAGAGAGGAGGCCCUGUGGUUCACCUUGCCCAUGCCAGGAAAGAAAAAGGAACAUCCUGAAAGACACAGCUGGGAUGUUGGGGUCUCUUCCACCUGGCUGGGAGGGGUUUGUCCCUAGGUGGAUUUGAUCAGUCAGGAGGCAGAGAAACCCUCCUGUCCCAGGGGUUAUGAGCAAGUGCUGCUGGUCAGGGUUGGUUUCUCACCAGUUUCACAUUCUCUUUAUAGUCAGGGAGGCAAGAAAUCCAUUCCCUCAUCAGUGCAUCCUUCCUCUGCAGCAUCCUUCCAGCUUUAGCCAUGGCUUUAGGCUUGGGAUGUUCCCUCUGACUCCCUCCUUCCCUCCCUCCCUCCCUCAGGCUGGGCCCCAGGGACAGCCUUGCACAAGCUCUGUUAAAUUAAUGUGAGGCUGCACUGGCAGCUGUAACAAUCUCAAGCACUAAUAUUUAUUCUACCUGCACAUCAGACUGGGUUUUUAACAUCUGACAUCUCUCCUGACACACAGCAACGUUAAAUCCUUUGUUCUGGGCACCCACCAGAACCUUGUACCUGCAGCAUCCUUCAGAGGGAGGUUUGUCUUUGAGGCUUUAGGGUUCUUUUUCUCAAGAUUUCUAGUUACUCACUUUCUUUUUCCCACUUGGCUUGGAGUUGGAUAGGAUCCUUGAUCUUUUAUUGCCUCUUAAUUUAUCACAGUAAUAGUAAAACAGGGGAAAAGCAAGGUCUUUUUCUCAAGGCAAAACCCACAAUGGCACUAAAGGUGAGGGCUCAAACAAAGCUCAGAUUAAAGGUGAGGGCUUAAACAAAACCUGGGGGUAUUUUCACUUCGAUGCCUUUGUGUAGAAAGCUGUGAUAGGAAUCACCUGCUCCUGAUCAGUCCCAGCUGACAGGUUAAUUCCUUCUGGAGCCAUAGACAGUUUGGGACCAUGAUUGUAUUUCCUGGAGAAAUCAGCAAUGCUUUUUAGGAGUGAGGUUGAGCAACCUGAAUAAUGUUCCAGGGGGUGGUACUUCCCUCAGCAUCCCAGCCAAGUCGUAGCUUGGCUUCCACUGUCAGGGUUUUGCUUCUGCACUUCAUCUGUGCCAGAAAUCCCACAUUAUUUUCGUGGCAGACACAUUUCCCUGCCCAGCCCUCCCUCUGACCUUCCCACCCUGCACAUCUGCCAGGUGAGCACAGCUGGGGUUUGAUUUGCAGGAUAGGAACAAUAAAAAAAAACCCAGGGGUUUUUAAAAAGGCAUUUCUCCAGCCAGGCAUGCAAACUAAUGCCAGCAGGUAGGAGCCCAGUUCCUGCCAAGUGAGAUGCUCCCCUGUGGGAGGAGGGAGAAGGGGGAGCAGGAGGCUUCAAUCUGCCAGUUUGGGGAUCUGUUUUUAUGGGAGAAGGGACAUAACUCACUGAUCCUGGCCUGAUACAACCUCACCUCUGAUGAACACACACCUAAUGCUUACCUUGAAGGAGCUGUUGGGGUUAUGGCACCUGGGAUGAGCUCAGGGUGGAUUUGAGGCCUGGAUAACUGCUGUGCCAUCAGGCAUUCCAAAUGUAUCUGGUGCAGCACCUGUGUCCUGGGGAGGACCAAAAGACAGGUUAUUCCAGGUGUAAGAUGCCCAAGACAAGGGGCAGUGCUGGGGCUGCACGUUCCACUUAGGAGAGAAAAAGGUACCUGCAGUGGUCAGGAGAGGAGUGAGCUGUGGAUUAACAGGAUAACCAUGUUUUUGGGUGCUCUGCUGAUAACCCCAGGCAUGCUUCAGUCACAAAACUUCGAUAUUAAUUGAUAUUAACAUACACCAACUUCUGCAUAAAUCCUUUCUGGCUCCCUCAAGUCUUUUGGGAGAAAAAAAAGAAGUCAUGGGGCUUUGAUCUCCCCUAACACACCUGAACUGCUGCUGAGAGAGCCUGCAUUUACACACAGCUCAGGCUGUGCCUGUCUGCUGGGUGACACCUGAGCCCUCUUGUCUGCUUUAGAUCUAAUAAAGACAAACCUCAGAGAUAUGCAACAUGCCUUUAGUGGAACAUGAGCCUGUAUUAAAAGGGGAAGGGUUUCAAAGCACAAAGCUUUCCUGGAUUUGAAGCCCUGGCACAAAACUGGCUCUGAAAUAAUGAUGCCUUGCAUUGGCAUAUCUCCUCUAGGAAGGCUGGAAUGCUGAUUUUGGAAUGCUGGUCUGUGUUCUUAUCAGACAGACCCUGUUCAGCAGCUCAUCUGGGUGUAGAUGGGGACAGGCUUUUCAGCCUGCUUGCCUCCUCAGCACUGUCCAUGUGUCCUACAUAAGAAACUUUUUCUUACCUUUAUACAAGAAGGUAGAAAUUUCUUUUCCAGGUAGUGACUGGAGACACUUUUGGUCUGGGUACUUGCUCAAGACCUUUUGGAUUUGCUGCACUAACUAACUGUUCUAACCAGGAGCACUCUCAGUCAGUGUCUGCUUUUCCCAGUGAGGACAGAAACAAACCACUUCCUAAUUCAGAGGUGGAACUUUCUGCUUCCACAGCAUGCAGAAAAAUCAGUCUGAAAAUUGCUGUUUGAAGAACAGUGCCUGGCUCAGGGGGAAGCAAUUCCAUCCUGUUUUCCCAGCCAGCUGCUGUCAUCCCACAGCUCUUGACAGAUCCCUGCUCAACUCCAGGAGAUCUCCUGGUGGGAUCCCUGCCAGGGUUGCUGCCACGGACACGUUUCAUGGCACAGUCACGUGGACUCUCUGACUUAGUCUUUUCAGCCAGUCUCAGCACUAGUUAAAACUCCUGGCAGGGGCUUGCUCGACACAAAACUCGAAGCAGAGACUCUCAAACCAAAGCCCCCGAGGUGAGUGGCUCACAGAGCAGCUGUCUCAGUGUGGUUCCUGUGCUGAUGUCCCAGCCUGUCUCCCCUGGACACGCUCUGCUCUCUGUGCUUCGCAGUCCCCACAGCACGAGUCUCUCUGUGCCAUAAUACCUUCCUUUUUCUAGAUGUGCACACUGGCCAAAUAAUCUCCUCGUGUCUUGAUGGACUGCUGGUUGAGGCCAUUCCCUGAUCUAGGCAGACAGCAUGGGCUUAUCCCUUAGCAUGGGUACAUGGUGUGCCAUGCCCUCCUCUCCCACGUUUUGCAGUGCUUGCUAUGGCUUUUCCCUCUCCCCUCAAACCUCUGCUGCUGGACAAUCAUUCCCUGUGUCAUAGAUGGACUGACCUGGUGCUGUCCCUGCCUGCCUUUCCCUCCUGCAGUCUGUAUGCUCUUUAAGUGAAUGUGUUUUACUUUUUUUUUUUUUUUUCAGUAGGGAAAAGGACUUCCUUCUGCUGAAGGAAUUAUAUUUGCACAUGGCUCAGGGAGGUUCCUCCUCUGGCCGUUUCUGUUACCUCACUCAUUUAGGCCAAUUCCAUUGCUAACGUUCAAGGCCACCUUCCCCAUCCCAGACUCCCAGAAUAGUUAGGGAAUAAAACCAAUGUGCAGCUCAGGUUCUAGAGUCGCGUGGUCGUGUCUCCGUUUGGGAAUCGGGAUUCGGGAGAGCGGCUGUUCCAAAACAGCAGCUUCCUCCAGUGGGGAGAGGGGUGGAGCCUGUGCCACAGGCAUCAUUCCCAUCUCCACGAGCCCACCUCCCGUGGAAUAGCACUUACAGAGCUGAGAUGGAAGCACUGACCUGGCUCUGGACACGGAGGGAGGGAGGAGCAGCAGAGCAGCACGACCGCCCAGGAGUGGCCUCGCGGUGGCUGUGGCACCUCUGGGACGUCACCAUUCCCGUGGCAGUUCGUCUCCCAUCACUGGGAUGUCACCAUUCCCGUGGCAGUUCGUCUCCCAUCACGUGCUCCAGGCCUGGAUAAAGCUGCUAAAAACCUGGAGCGUGUCCUCCCCCCCCGGACCCCGCGCCCCCGAAUCACUGGAACUGCAGAUUAAUGAGGGAGUGGGUCCUGCACUUCCCUCCUGGAAUUCGCCACCAGAGCCCGGGAACAGGGGGGGGCUGGAGCACUGAGGUGAACUGUGGGGUGGGGGAAGGCCCCCAGUGGGUUGGUUUUAGGUGUGGUGUGACUGUCGGGACCUUUGCGCUGUGCGCAAACCGCGGGGAAACGCUGCUGGAAUGACCUGCUAGGACCUCUAGAACUGUAAAGGCUCUGCAGCCAAACCUGGUGUAAGUAGCUAGUACAUGGAAGUAUGGUAUCAAUUAAAAACUCUAUCAACCAGA